UCUUUUGAAGACACAUAUCGCAAAACAUUUGACCACAAAAAAGAGUUUGGAGGACAGAAAAAGCUAAUAUGUAGUUCAAAGGCUGGAAACUGGUGGAAGAAAAAUGACUGAGCAAAGUUUGCAGAUCUUUGUGGUGCUGUUGCAUUUUACGCUGCUCUCCUUGGCUCAUCAGCAAGAAAGCCUCCACAGGUCAGUGGACGUUCCGCUAAAACACACUUGGGAUCACGAACAGCUGGGACUGUGUAGCUAUGAUCAGACCACUUCCUGUUGUUUUGGAUGGAGGAUCGUAAACGGCAUUUGUGAUCCGGUGUGCAGGAAGCCCUGUGUAAAUGGAAAAUGCGUGGGACCGGACAAGUGUUCGUGCUUCUCAGGUUAUAAAGGACCGCGAUGUGAUGAAGAUGUGAAUGAGUGUGGUUUGUUGGAGAGGCCGUGCUCCCAGCGCUGCAUGAACACAGACGGUAGCUAUCGUUGUUACUGUGAAUCUGGAUACACACUUAGCGUGGAUGGAUACACCUGCAUUAUAGAGAAUGCAUGUUUCUUCCUGCGCUGCCAGUUUGGUUGCCAAUUGCAAAGACGGGGAAUUGUUCGCUGUCUGUGUCCACCCGGCCUCCACCUGGCUGCUGACAGCAGGACCUGUGAAGAUGUAGAUGAGUGUCAGGAAGCUGACGUGUGUCCACCUCGACGGACCUGCAAGAACACUUUUGGCAGCUUUGUUUGUGUGUGUCAAAAAGGCUUUGUGAUCGGGAUGCUAAAGGGCUCUGUGGCUUGUCGAGAUGUGAACGAAUGUUUAACCGGCUCUCACAAGUGCAGCCGCCACGCUCAGUGUGUCAACACAGAUGGUUCCUACACUUGUCUGUGUUUAGAGGAUUACUUCGGCAACGGACGCACCUGCUGGCCCAGGAGAGCCCCACAGUCCAAGGCUGCCUUGUACAACAACUAUAAACUCUACAAAAGAAUCAAGCCCCUUUAUCCUUCAUCUUAGUGCUACCGUUAAGGAUAUUCAUGGCUCAAAUGACAAGGGACAGGAAUCAAUAAAGACUAACU